CCACCAUUGUGAGGGGGUGGAUUGUUCUCGCGAGAGCGUCGUGUCCCCGGGCCUGCCUGGUUGCUGCUGCCGCUGCUUCCGGCUGGAGGGGGCCGCAGAGUGCAGAGUCAGCUGGGCAGGAGGCGGCGGAGGAGGAGGAGGCGCGCGCGCAGGAGCAGGACUUGUCCUUUGACACUGACCAGACAGAAGAAGCCAAGUCCUGCUCUGUUAAACCUGCCGCCAUGGGGAACAUUUUUGGCAACCUGCUGAAGAGCCUGAUUGGCAAGAAGGAGAUGCGCAUCCUUAUGGUGGGGUUGGAUGCCGCCGGGAAGACCACCAUCCUCUACAAGCUCAAACUGGGAGAGAUUGUCACCACCAUCCCUACUAUUGGGUUCAAUGUGGAGACAGUGGAGUACAAGAACAUCAGCUUCACCGUGUGGGAUGUGGGUGGCCAAGACAAGAUACGGCCGUUGUGGCGGCACUACUUCCAGAACACCCAAGGCCUGAUCUUUGUGGUGGACAGCAAUGAUCGGGAGCGAGUGAACGAAGCACGUGAGGAGCUGAUGCGGAUGCUGGCCGAAGAUGAACUGCGAGACGCUGUACUCCUUGUCUUUGCUAACAAGCAGGACCUCCCCAAUGCCAUGAAUGCGGCAGAAAUCACGGACAAGUUGGGCCUGCACUCGCUGCGCCAUCGCAACUGGUACAUCCAAGCCACCUGCGCCACAAGUGGUGAUGGCCUCUAUGAGGGCUUGGAUUGGCUGGCCAACCAGCUGAAGAACAAGAAAUGAGUGCAGGGGGGUGGUGGGCAAAGCCCCUCACUGUCAGUUCCAUUUUGGGUUGAUCCCCCCCUCUCCCCAGCCCCUUCCCUUCCCACCUUUCUUCCCACUGUUAGGUUUGCUUUUCCUUGCCGGCACCGGUUGCUGUGGGGGUUGGGUUGGGGUUAACUUUUGGUUUUCUCUCUCUUUCUCGGGUUCUGGCUCUGCCGGGAUUUUUUGCACGGUCUCUGUGUGUGCGCGUGCGUGUGUGAUAAAUAUAUAUAUAUAUAGAUAAUAAAAUAUAUGGGCGUGGUGGGAGGGGUUGGGCGCCGAUUCUGUGGCCUUUUCUUCUUCCUUUCAAUUUUUUCUUUUGUUGGUCAGUUUUGUAUUUCUUGGUGGUCUGUGAAACUUGGCUCUCUUUGACAGGAGGUGACCAGUACUCAGUGGCAGCUGCUUCUUGCUUUUGUGUGCUGUUGGCGCAGGUGGGCUGGGUGAGGGAAAGCCAGGUGAUGACUCUGGGAGGUUAGAGUUAGGGGUGUGUGUGUGUGUGUGUGUGUGUGUGUGUGGCCACAAUGUGUGCUGAGAGGCAGAGACUGAUAGAUUUGGUGCUGUGCAAGGAGGGAGCACUCUAGGAUUUGGGUUUGCAGGUUAGCAAAAGGCCCCUUUCCUCCUCCUGGCUUUUGAGGGUAUAUGGGAGGCAGGAGAGGAAGAGCAGCAGUGCCGAAUUCCGUCCUGCAAAGUGUAUAGUCUUUGCGUCCUAUGUUGUGUUGGGUGUUGCCCCCUGCUGGCAACAAUGAGACUGCAGUACUGGAAGUCCUCUUCUUCUUCUUCCCUCCUCCUCCAUUUGCCUUGUGAACCAUCUCAUGGGUGACACAUACAGUUUGUUACUCUGUGCUGCUGAUGAACUGAGUCACUUGCAUUCCAUCCCCUUAGACCAAAUGGCGCUGGAGCCCUCAGUGAUGCAUCAUUCCUGAGCCCCGUGCAUUCCCUUCAGCCUCUUUCUCUUCCCCAAACGUGGACCAGCAUUGAUGCUCAUAAGGCUUGGGCUGCUGCUGCUGCUGCAGUAAUUUGGGACCAACACUGUCAAAAGCUGCCCCUGCAAACCUAACCAGACAUUUUUUUCCCACCCAGCCUGUACCUCCCAGUUGGAAGGUGGGUGGGGAUGUGGGUACAUGCGCACAUGGAGGGGCAUCCCAGCUGCUAAAUGUUUCCAUCAUUACCAACUUGCGAUAGACUCCCCUUGGAAGCUUCACGGGGUGGCUUUCUCAUUGCUGCCUUCUGCGUGGGUGUCACCCCACUGGACAGGUCACACCCUCCUUCCCCUGCUGCCACCCGCUCCUCUGGGCGUAACUCUUGCUCUUGUACGGUUCUCUUUUUUCCAUGCUGGAGGAAGUGGUGGAAUAAUUUGUUUCCCUUUAUAUUUGCGGGGUGGGGGGGAAUGAUUGUAUUAGGGUCAAUCCCAGGUCACUGCAUGUAACUUUCUGGUCACUCCCUGCCUCUGGACAGUGUUGGUACUGUGCUCCCUUCCCCUAUCUUGGCAAAUGCGUAUUUUACUCCUUUUUCUCUUCUUUCUCUCCCCCACCCCCUCCAACCCCAGCUCCCUUUGCUUGGUGUAAAGUGCUUUCCUUUCCCACUCUUUCUGAUUUGUUCAUUCUCUGGGCCAUGGCCCCCUGUACAUGUGAUUUUUUCGGCCCCCUGAACAGUUGGACGCACCACAACCUCUGUGCACCCCCAUUGGAUAUUAAACUUGUUUUAUGUA